GCCAACGAUGAGCGGCCAUUCAUUUGCUAAACGAGCGUUCGGCGUUAAAGUUACGGCGGCGGUGCGUUAAAAUAUCAUACACACACACAUAUAUAUAUAAAGCACUAUUUCGGCUAUAAAAACAACAAUAAAAAAUAUUUUAGCAACGAAUUUUUUCUACUCGGAAGUAUUCGGCUGUAUGAAAUUGCUGCGUUUGUGUUAAAUAGUAAAAUAUGCGCUAUAUUUGUAUUAGUGCAGAGGUGAUUCCCCAAAAGUGACGACAAAAGCAUAAAGCAAUUAAGUGCAUACAUACAAACACGCUGAGAUAACAAUGAAACAUUAAAUUAUAAAUAUUUUAUGUGAUAAUAAUUACCUACUUACAAAUAUAUAUGUAUGUAUAUUUGGAGCAAGUGACUGACAUAUGUGAAAAGUGAAACAAAGUAAAGAAAUCACCUGUUAAUAACAUUAACAGUAACAUUAAAAACACGCAAAUCAGUUCGUGUUGAGUAAUUACAUGUGACAUUAGCUAAGUGUUGAUUGAUUGACAACACAGCGCAGAGAAAAUAUAGACAAUAACAAAGUUGGGCAGUGAAAUCGAUUGCAAUCGCAAGGCGUUAAUGAAUGCGAACGGUGAUUUUUUCGGCAUAGCAUGACAAUUACAAAGUAAAAAGUAAAAACUAAAAAUAAAAUCAUAUAAAGUGAAAAGGCAUCAAAAAUGAGCGCAUAACUGUGUAUUGAGUUAAAAGAAAAGCAAAGAAGAAUUUACUCAAUAAAGAAAAGUUAAAAAAUCAAAAAAAAUAUAACUGUAAAAAUGGGUAUACCAAUAAAUGAUCCAGAAGAUCCCGCCGGCUAUGACUUUGGAAGCAGUAAAACAGCAAAGUCAUGCAUAUGCUGCUGCAGUUGUAGCAGUAGCAACAACAGUAGUGGUAGCAGUGACAGCAGCAGUUGCAACAACAGCAAUUCUAAUAAUUGUAAACACAGCAGCAAUGCAGCCGGCGCCACAACACUCACACUCACCUUCGCGAAUCACAACAGCUGCGGUGCAGCAGCGAAUAAUUAUCAGUAUAGCAAGACGGAAACGCUGGACGCACCCCUAACAGCGACAUCGUCGUCGAUCACACGUCAAAGCAGAGAUUUGGUUGGCAACUUGAAGGAAUAUCGUAUAGAGAGUAAUAAAAGUGAUUUACGCAUCAUUGGUAAUGGCAAUCGGAUACGUAUCGGUUGUAAUCAGGGUAAUUUACAAAUUAUUGGCAAUAAUACAAGACUGAAAAUCACAAAUAAUACCGGCGGCAUACGUUAUACGGGGAAUGAGGGACGCAUUUGCUUGGGUAGCGAUUCGACGCAACAAAGUGUCGAUUACAUUGGUAAUAAUGGUAAAUUGAAGGUGGUGAAAGCAGCGGAGUUAUUAAGGGAGAAAAUCAAAAGUCACAAGCAGAAAGCGCACAAAAAUGCAGAAACAGCAGCAACAACCACUACUGCGUCGGUUGCGGCGGAGCAUUCAACAAAAGUCAAUGUUGAGGCGGGAAAUGCUGCUGCAUCGCCUACACAUUCCACACCCAAGAAGGUGAAGGUGAAGUCUGCCUCAUUUGCUGGCGAUUAUAGCGCACAAUGGCGGCAAUUCAAUGAGUUAUUCGAGAAGCAGGGUUGGCGUAAUUACGAUUGUGCCUCGAUGCCGAAUUUGAAGUGCGAGAAUGCGGAGAAAGCUAAUGCGGCUGCUGAUGGUAAAAAGGCUGAACAAAGUAAUAGUAAUAAUAGUAAUAGUGGUAAUAAUGGUAAUUGUAAUAGUAGCAGAAGUAGUCAAAUUCAUACUAAAAGCUGUAAAAUUGAUAGCAACAUCAAUAUAGUGAGUACUUAUGGUAAUAUUUGCAUAAAGAAUGCCGUGAAUGUUAGUAUGUAAUGUAAUUUAUAAAUUUUAUUAUAAGUAAAAAAUAUUAAAUUAUGAAAAAUGUUAAUAAGUCAGUUAGAAAGUUUUAAGUUGAAAGUUAAAAACUCAUAAAAUAGAGACUAUUAAGAGUUAGUAACUAGAAAAAUCUAACUCAUUUAACAAAACUUAUAUUUAAGCAGUAACAAAGCUCUCUACAAGAAAUAUGUACUAUGACAAACCUAAAAUUAAAUUAAGUUUUGACAAGAAAUUGAGUCAUAAAUGAAAGUAUGUAGUUUAGAAAAACAAUUUGACUGUAUUUAUGCCAGCAAUACCUCUUGCCUUUUAUUUGUAAUUUUGUUUAAUAAAAUACUUAUUUGUUGGAAAAAUAAUAAUCGUAAUGAAAAUAAUAAAAAAGCGAAAAAAUUGCAAUUGAAAUAAUAAGAAAGCAAUUGAGUAUUCACGAUAUUUAUGAAUUCAAUUCAGAAAAUUUGAUAAAAAUAUCAGUGGAAUCACUUAAAAAAAUUUGCCAAAAUUGAAAAAAAUUUAAAUUAACAAAAUAAUGUACCGUUACCUACAAUAUGGAAAAUCCUAACUACAAAUUUUUAUUAUUUAUUUUAUGUAUUGAUGGCUUAGUGUAUAAGAUGUCAAGGUUAUUUAAAUAUGUUUGAAAAAAAGUUUAAAAAUUAAUUUAUAUUUAAUUAAUUGUUGAUUAUUUUGGCAUCAAUUUAAAUAGUUUCUCUUAAUUUCUCUUAUCACCUUCUUACACUAAGCCAACACAUCGUUCCUAAAAAUCAUAGUCAACUUGAAAGAACUUAAUGAACAACAAAAACAAAA